GAUGUUGGUGACACAUUUGGCGUUGCCGUGUCCACUGUGCAUAAGGAAGUGCACUUAAUAGUCAAAAUUCUGUGUGACCUCAGGAGCACUUACAUUGUUUGGCCAACAGCAAAUGAGUGUUCAACAAUUCAACAACAAUUCCGAGAAAGGGCAGGUUUCCCUGGUCAGUGCUCACUCAUGUUAAAGGGAACAAUUUUACUCUGAGCGUCUGAAGCAAUCAUGUCUAACUGUCUGACAAUUACAGGUGUUAUAGGAGCUAUAGAUGGAUGCCACGUCCAAGUUCUAGCACCUGCUAAUGACCAAGUUGCAUAUACCGACCGUAAGUCAAGCCAUUCCACAAUACUUCAAGGUAUGUGGCUUGUCAAGUUUCAUGUCUGUGGUCAGGUUAUUUCUUUCUCUGUUGUCAUAAUGCAAUGUCUAAACAUCAACAGGUAUCUGCACUGCUACAAAAGUUUUUACUAAUGUGUCGAUUGGGACACCUGGCUCUCGACAUGAUUGUCGGGAAAUGUCACUGUCAAGUUUCCAUAAGAAAAUAGUAAAUGAAGGCCCUAGAAGUAUUGUUUACGAAGAUCGGUUCCACCUUGUUGGGGACAAGGCAUAUCCAAAUCGGUGCUGGCUGAUGGCACCAUACAAGGACUAUGGGAAUUUAACAAGACAACAGAAAAAAUAUAACUACCAUCACAGUGUGACUAGAGUUGUUAUAGAACAUACAUUUGGCCUCCUAAAGGGUAGGUGGCGGCGUCUCCUGGCUCUGGUGCUUAAAGAUGUAGCAGAGGAUACCAAUUUUAUCCUUGCUGCAUGUGUGCUACACAACUUCUGUUAUCUUCACAAUGAUAAAGUAGUUGAAGAAAUGCAUGAGAACAUCAGAAGAGUAGAGGGACGUCAUGCACUUGAAGGCUUAAAUGAUGCAAGAAGCAAGGAAGUUGGUACCCAGAAACGACAGCAAAUAUGUGACAUGAUUUGAUAUGGGAUUAAUUUGUCAAUGUACAAGUAUUUUUGUUUGGACCAGUGAGCAUAGAAUGAUAGAGAGCUGUAGCACUGCCUAGGUAUUACUUGGAGAUAAUGAAUACUACAAUAAAGCCUCUUAUUUUUUUAAAUGAGUCAUUAUUAUUGGUCAGGAAAUAAAUUUAACAAUUGAGGACUAGCAAAACAGAAAAACAAUGAGAACACAAACAUAUCACAGCACAGGUUCUACAUCAGGUACAAAGGAAAUCGCCUUACAGCACUAAUGACAUGUUACGUUCUCAGUUGUUUUUCUGCUUUGCUAAUCCCCAGUUUAGCAAAAGAAA